UAUAUAAUUCCCAUGUCACUCAACUAAUCGCAUGUAUUAUUUAUAAGGAAUUCAAUAGACAUAGAAAAAUAUACACAUUCUCAUUCUCUGCACCAACAGUAGUCCUUACAAUUCUAUCCGAAGACGAUACACUAUUAAUAAAAGAAAAAAAAAUCAAGAGUCUCCAAAUAAAGUGCCGUCGAAAGCGUGACACAGACGACACGAUAGCAAAAAGUGAAUAUAAAACUCAGCACAAAUAAAUUUUGCAACAAUUUAAUUGCUAGACACCGUUUGCGUGAUUAUCAAGAGGAGUACUACCAGCAAACUUAAUGAGAUUCAUAAAUUUUUAAAUUAUACACCGCACAGGGCUGUAUCGUUGAACUGACAUGUUGUCUCACACACUGAAGGAUAAAACAUCUAACAAGCGAGAGCUUAAUAUAUGUUCUAAGCAAUUGUUUCAUUAACUAAGCGAUUCACGAAUAAAACAUUCAUGAUUAUUUAAUUUAAUUUAUCUUUUCAGCUGCUGUUAUUGUUCCCUAGUAAAACAUUAAGAGGAUACAUAAAUCAUAUUGUGAAAAAGUUUCAUUGAAUUGAAUCUCAAAAACAUCUCAUGAAAUUAUGUUCCAGUUCUUGACAUCAAAAUUAGGUCAAUUUCAUUACUAUUUCUCAAAUAAAAUAAAUAUUUUCUUGUGUUAAUAAAAAUCUCCUAGUUCGCUUUCGAUUUAAAUCAUCUUCAAUGGAUUAUUCCUCUAUUUACUGUGUAAAUAAAAUCAAAAACAGAAAUAGUCACAACAAAGAACAACCCUUCCAAGAGCCAUUCCAGGCAAUUAAUGUUGAAUAAUUACGUAAUGAAAUCUCAAGACAGCUGAGAAUAGUCUUGAAAAGGUCACAAGAAAUGACUAUAAAUAUUUUACUGCUGUACAUAAAAUUAUCCGACUCUUCCGAAAUAGGCAUAUAAGCUUCUAAGCAAAUUAAAUAGGAACUAACAAAUUGCCUAAAAUCUCAGCUACAACAGCACAGUACUUAUUAUAUGAUUAAUCGGUCAAAUCAAGGUCCGCCUCUUUUUUGCUUGCCAAAGGACAAUAAACUCCCUCCAAUUUUUGCUCAGACCCGAGAAAAAAAAACACCACCACCAUUUGGCAUUGGCGACGCAAAAAUCUCUGGAGACGCAUGUACAAAUCACAUCAUAAAUAACUCAUUAGCUCUCACUCUCUUUGCUUUAAUCUUUAGCAUGUUCUCUCGACAUUCCACAUAAAAAUUGCUCAAAUAACUUGACGAUACUCUCAACAAAUCAUUUCCCGCAUAACAAACUGUAACUUCGUCGCAUUGAUUUCGGUGUUGAGGGAGAUUUGCGUGUGACCCUGUGUGAAUUAAUUGCGCGAAAAAAAGAAGGAAUCCAACUUUGAUAACAAUAUUAUUGACCCAUGCAGUCUCUCUAGUGGCGAUAAGGAAAUUAACUUUGACAUCACUUCAAUUGCGCACGCGUGUGUAAGCCGCCCAUCCUCGGAAUAAUCGGAAUACAUUUUUUGGGAUAAAAAUAUGCCUUUUGACGUUUUCUCAAGUACGCAGAGAGGAAAAGCUCUUCUCUACACUCCCAUUCGUGCCUGAAAUCUGUGGCGUUUUAGUGGCAUCUUAAAUCCAAAUGGUGACAGAUACUAACUUGCUUAAAAGGAAUAAGACAAUGGAGAUGGAAAAAACGAUAAAGUCUGAAAUUUCCCACAACUUCGACCAUAGUGAAAACACAUUGUCCGCGAGUGUGAAGGCAAUAAACAGCGUUGCAGAGAAGAAAAACAGUGAUGAUGUUCAAUCAGGCACGUCAAGUGAACGAGGAAACUCGCGUAUCGAUCCUCCCUUGAGGAGGCAUCCUUCGCCAGGACGUGGCAUUGAGAUGAGUAAAUCCCUCGAUGUGCCAACACAGCGACAGGCUGUAGCCACCGAAGGGAGAAUUUUUGCCAAGGCACAAUCACUGGAUGUUGAAGACAAUUGUGGCUCAAUUGAACCCAAUUCACUCGAGGAAUCACGCCCAAUCUAUCCCAAUCUUCCUUACAGUCCCUAUGGCAGCCCAUAUGGAAGCCCCAGCCCAGGACGAAGACGAGCACCACUCCGGGAAUCCGCGAGAAUCUCCAUUGAGCAAUCUGGCAGCUUUGUUCAGCUGAAUCAAUACAAAUUACUUGAACAAAUUGGCCAGGGCUCUUAUGGACUCGUGAAGCUGGCUUACUCGGAGGAAGACUCAACGCAUUACGCCAUGAAGAUUCUAUCGAAGCGAAAGCUCCUCAAGAAAGCCGGACUCUUUUCGCGAGGCCCUCGAAAGCCCACUUCUCCACUCGAUCGCGUAUAUAAGGAGAUCGCGGUGCUCAAGAAGCUCGACCAUCCCAAUGUUGUUAGACUUAUUGAAGUGCUAGAUGAUCCUCUGGAGGAUUCUCUAUAUCUCGUGUUCGAACUCGUGCAGCAGGGCGAAAUUCUCAGCAUACCCACAGAUCAGCCACUGCGCGAAGAACGUUCCUGGAGUGUUUUCAGAGAUUGUCUCCUCGGUUUAGAAUACUUGCACUAUCUAAAAAUAAUACACGGGGACAUAAAGCCAGGAAACCUCCUCCUCGGUGAGGGUGGACGAGUAAAAAUAGCCGACUUGGGUGUUUGCAAUGAGUUUCUGGGUGAAGAUGCGGCCAUGAGCAUUGGAUCAACUGCAGGAACACCCGCUUUCAGGGCUCCAGAAACCCUUCGUAUGGGACAAUAUUCCUACAAUGGCAAAGCUUCAGAUGUUUGGGCACUUGGAACAACUUUGUACGCUAUAGUUUACGGCAAUGUUCCCUUCGUGGCCAAAUCAAUUCCUGCUGUCUAUGAGAAAAUCAAGAACGACGAAAUUGUUUAUCCAUCUGUACCAAAAAUCACCCCAAAUCUCAAAGAUCUACUCACUAGGAUACUGCAAAAAGAUCCAGAAUUGCGAUUAACACUCCCAGAAAUCAAGGUUCACAACUGGGUGACCGCCAAUGGGGCCCAUCCCCUUCCGUCCGAGGAAGAUAACUGUCGCCUUAUACAAAUCAGCGAAGAAGAUAUGAAGAGUGUCGUGAAGAGCAUUCCAAAGUUAGACACAGUUAUACUUAUUAAGUCAAUGCUUAAGAAACAGUCCUUCCAAAAUCCUUUCACUGUGAUGCCCCUCGCGGGCCGAAUCUCACAAAGAGGUGGAUCACGACUGGAGAGGUUUACGCGUGCCGGACGCUCAAAUUCAGCCCCAGGCACGAGCCGUUCCUAUGAAAGCCAUAGGCAACCCUCCAGCGAUAAUCUACUGCCGUCUGUUAAGGAAGAUCUGCCCACAACGAGCAAAAAUCCCAUCGCGGAUGAUGAACCUCACAAGUAGCAUGAGAAUUGAUAAGCCAACGGACAUUUUGUGCACCUCUCUAUAGCUUUUAACAAAAACAACUAACAGUCUCAAUCAAAAGUUAUAUGGGGAUCAUAUUUAGUUAGAUUUUUGGGAAAAAUCAAUCUCUUAAAAUGGUAUAUAACACUUUUCUCUCUAUUUCUCUCUUCCUAUAGUCUAUUUAUAUAAGCUAAAAACCAACAUUUUACUGUGAAGACAAGUCUCUAUCUGUAGUCGUUUGUAGACUUUUUAAAAAUAUCUUAAGCUCAAAUGUCACAUAAAAACUAGUAAACAUUAUCCAAAAACAUAACUUUAACCCUUUGAGGCCAACUAUAAAAAUAUGAGCAAAGAAUUUAGCAUGAUUACCAAUUGUGUAUGUAUAUUCUCCAAUAUUGGAUGCUCAGAUUGAAAGCUGUAUGAAUAUUUUCCUUACAAUUCCACAAACAAAUUUGAAAUGGAAUUUUUGAGAAAACCUAGCUUUUAUGAGCCAAAUGUAUCCUAUUCGGCCCCAAAGAGUUAACAAUACUAUGAACAAUCUUCAUCCUCUCCUAAAGAUCUUUGCACAAGUCAGAAGCGUUUAGUUUGUAAGACAAAAACGGGAUUCCUUGUUCCUCAGAAGAUGCUCAGAAUUGUGAAAAGAAAACUUUAUCGUAGGUGUGAUAGCAUUUUGUGGUUAUCCAGGGCUUUUGCAGGCAUAAUUAGAAUGCCCAUUGAAUAACAGUUAUAUUUUGCAGAAUCGCAAACUUGUUGCUUAUUUAGUGUUAAAGAAAAUGGUGAAUUUGCAUUCUUGCAACUUUGGGGAGUUUGAAUGAAAAACAAUAGUUACCGCAUCGAUUAACUGAGCAUUUUGGCAUUUGACACAACAAUUUUAUAAAAAUAAAUAUAUAUUCAAGAUUAACAAAUUUUGAUGAUGGCAUUGUGAUAAUUCCUCAAUAUUUAAUCAAAUUUUAAAAUUCCAAUGUUUGUACAUAAAUUACUGGCACGUGUAUAGCCGUUUUUUCAAUUCAAUCUCUUUUAAAGAAUAAUUGUCAGAUCGCCUUGCUAAUCAACCAAAUUCGCUGAUUUUGCAAGCAUUUGACCAUUGUAUUUUUACAAUUUAUUACCCCCCAAUAAGUAGAUCAGUGGCUUUUCUAAUACGCCCAAGGAUAAAAUCGAUUUAGUGUUGCUCUUGUCCAGAGACAGCCAAGUGAGCUUGAGCAAUAUAGAAGAAUCAAUAGCUUUAACAUUUUAAAGGAUUUGCGUGUUUAAUACACCCUCAAUUUGACCAUUCUUGGUGGGUAAAUUGUAUCCUGAAUUGUGACCAAGAUUCGUUAUUGAAUAAAUUAUUAUGCAUAAAA